AUGCUGGACCCCCUGGGCGCCCCGCCCACCUGGCUGCGGAAUUUCAUCGAACCCUACGCCCUAGCUUGGAACAGUCCAACUCUCACCGAGCAUAUCCAUGAAGUGAUCGGCGCCUUCUUGUUCUAUCAGUUCAUUCACUCGGUGGUCUCGCCGUGGUUGUCGCCGAUCCUCUUUCCCCGCUCAUACCCGGCGCUUAAUGCCCGCACCAAAUUGAACUGGGAUAUUCAUGUCGUCUCAUUCAUUCAGAGUGUGCUCAUCAAUGCCCUUGCAUUGUGGGAGAUAUUCGUCGACAACGAACGCCGGUCUAUGUCGGCUGGUGAGCGUGUCUUCGGAUAUACUGGUGGCUGUGGCUUGAUUCAGGCCCUGGCCGUGGGAUACUUCAUAUAUGAUCUGAUUGUGAGCGCUCAGCAUCUACAGAUGUUUGGCAUUGGUAUGCUUUUCCAUGCCGUCAGCGCACUCUGGGUAUUUAGCCUUGGAUUCAGACCCUUUCUCAACUACUACGCUCCCGUCUUCAUUCUCUAUGAGCUCUCCAGCCCAUUCCUCAAUAUCCACUGGUUCCUCGACAAGGUCAACAUGACUGGUAGCCGUGCCCAGUGGUACAACGGCAUGAUGCUCCUCGCUGUCUUCUUCUGCUGCCGCCUGGUCUGGGGAACCUGGCAAUCUAUCGUGGUCUACAAGGACAUGUGGUAUGCGCUCCAGCAGACCUGGUCUUUAUCCUCGUCUUCGCCGCUCCAAGCCCCCGUGGAUAUCAACGCCAAUGUUUUCAAGCUACGGGAUGGCGGCAUGUGUGUCGACGAAACUUGUGCUCGUGCCAACGCCGAAAUUGCCCGAUUCAAGGACUUCACAGCCGGUGGCGUACCUACUUGGUUAGUCGUAACGUACGUCACGUCCAAUCUGAUCCUCAACUUCCUGAACUAUUUCUGGUUCUCGAAGAUGGUGGAGACCGUUCUCAAGCGCUUCCGUGGGCCCCCUGGCGGUGCAGGGGAGAAGAAAGUCGGUGAGAAGAAGAAUGCCGAGGAGAAGCCUGUGAACCUGGAGGAUCUCGCCCGCGAUGUUGUUCUCGAGGCUGCAGCAAAGCUGGAAGAGGAGGAGGGGGCGGUCCUGCGGGGUGAAUUGCCUCUGACGGUUGAGCAAAUCUCGUCGGCCAUCGAUGCUCAUCUCCCCGAGGAGUUGCGACGACGUCGGGGAGAGCUGCUUGCUAAAGUAUCUCUUCAAGGGUCAUGA